CGCCGGCCGCCCCUCGCCGCGCCGCCUGGUCAAGCCGCUCCUCUUCGCCGUCGGGUUUACAGGCUCAGCCUUCGGGUCCGCUGCCAUCUGGCAGUAUGAGUCGCUCAAGUCACGGGUCCAGACCUACUUUGAGGAAGCUCGAGCGGACUGGAUGGAUAAAAUGCGGCCACAGAAGAGAGGUGACUUCAGAAAGCAGGUUAACAGCUGGUGGAAUAGCCUGACUGAGGGUCAGCGGACUGUGACAGGUAUUAUAGCUGCAAAUGCCUUUGUAUUCUGUUUGUGGAGGCUGCCCGGCAUGCGACGGAUUAUGUUUACAUAUUUCACCUCAAAUCCAUCCUCCAAAGCCCUGUGUUCUCCCAUGCUGCUCUCUACGUUUAGUCACUUCUCUCUGUUCCACAUGGCAGCAAAUAUGUAUGUUUUAUGGAGUUUUUCCAGCAGCAUUGUCUCUCUUCUGGGAUGCGAGCAGUUCAUUGCAGUAUAUCUUUCUGCUGGGGUUAUCUCCACUUUUGUCAGUUAUGUUGCUAAAAUGGCCACUGGAAGGUUUGAACCAUCCCUUGGAGCUUCAGGAGCUAUAAUGACUGUCCUUGCAGCCGUAUGUACAAAGAUGCCCGAAGCAAAACUGGCCAUCAUACUUCUUCCAAUGUUCACAUUUACAGCAGGAAGCGCUUUAAAAGCCAUAAUUGCAUUUGACACUGCAGGACUUGCUUUAGGCUGGAGACUUUUUGACCAUGCUGCACACCUUGGGGGAGCUCUCUUUGGAAUGUGGUACGUGACUUAUGGCCAUGAGCUCAUAUGGAAAAACAGAGAACCACUGGUGAAAGCUUGGCAUGAAUUGAGGACAAAGAACGCAGGAAAGGGAGGAGGUGGAAGAUCUAGCUGAUUCUAAUACUAGAGAUUCCUUGUGCCCAAGUGAUAUAUUACUUGAAGAUGUGGGACUGAAUUGGUUUUGAAGGGUUUUUUUGCUACUCCACAUUAAGCCUCUGAGGAGCUGAAGUUUCUAAUGUAACAAAAUUAUGUUACAAAAAUGCAUAUCCAUAGAAAAUGAACUCUGACGAAGGUGGAACAAUAAAGGGUUUUAUCCUAUUGCUUUCUGAGGUAACAGUCUGCAUUACGUUUUUAAAGGUGGAAUAAAACAUGUUUUUCAAUUAA